GGAAAACUCAGAGCAAGCUACAAAAUGUUUUUGUACAGAGAGAGCACUAGAGAAUACUUAGUUUGUGGGAGGGUGUGAAAUGAAGGAAACAAGAAAUACAACAACAACAGAUUCUAAUUAUCUUAAAUUGGACACUCAAAAUCAAUGAAUAAUUCUGGUUUGUCUUCUCCAGCUUUUGCAGUUUACAAAACAAAGUAGCACCUUGGCACAAACACACACAAUCAAGAGCAGCACAAAGAGAAUACUUGUAACUAAUUAAUAAAUUAUACAGACACUGCAGUACAGAGUGUUAAUUUUUAAAAGAAGCUAUCAGGAUGUUAGUUCUUUUUUAAAAGCACUAAAUAAGAAAGUGUGGGAGCACACAAUAAUAGAAAAAACUAGUAUUGCCUCCAUGCUCUGAAAAAAUAGAGCAUUGAGGAAAAAUAGAGAGAGCUCUUAUAAUAAAGGGCUUUGUCAGAACAUAGAGUUGGGCUGACUUUGGGCUGCAUUAGGAAAAAGUAGCGUGACUUCACAACCUUGAGAAUGUCCUUUCUAGUAUAAUUUUGGUAGCUGAUCAUGUGAAGAGUACAUGGACAUGUUUGUACAUAAACAACACAUUAAGACAUUUAAGACAUGGGAAAAAUUUUAUCAUUCUACUAUUAUUAUUUUGAAAGUGUACUCAGGAGAUUCUGUCAAGAUCUAUGUUCAUAUGAAGAGUCAACAAAGUAUUACUAGACUGACAUUCAACUUACUCAUACAGUUGUUUCAAUUUAAAAUAACAAGAAACUUUAGGAAAAUGAAAAAAAAACCAUUGCUUCAUGAUUUAGAACUCUUUUGUAUUUCUAUUAUACUAUAUGGAAAAAAUGGAAGAGAAAUUUGAAGCAUUACUGUACUUUUGUAAUUGCUCAUUUAAGAAUAGGCAGUUUCUAGCUAAUUUUAAGCACUUAAAGAAACAAAUAAUUUUUUUUUUUCUUUAAUAUAUUAAAUUAAAGAUUUUGUUUUAACUCCUCACAAAACACACAUGUCAACAAAUCCAUCCAUUCUUUCUUUGGGACAGAUUCUUACACCUUUCUGAAUAACACCAAGAUCUAUCUAUUUAAGUUCUCAUCGAACAAGUUUCUUUCUUGUAUGAUGGUAAAAGAAGAUUAUUGCUGAAUCUGGCUGCCUGUUCUUUAAAUUUUAUUGAUGCAGGGGCAAGCCUUACCAUCAAUGCUUAAGGAAAUCCCAUUAUUUAAAGGUUUGGCUGUCAGUAAACAUUAGUUUUUCAGUGGUAGCAGUGCCGGUUGUCGCUCUCCCCAGUCAGCCUGCACUGAGGUGCAGAUCGAGGUGCUGCUCUUGUUGGUAACACACAAACACAAAGUCUUUGUAGUGAUAUCACCUCAGCAGCAGCAGGAAAAGAGAAGUGGCCCAAAUCUGGGGUUUUCAGCACACUCUGUGGUAUGUGGUGGCCGUACAUAUUCCAUAUAUAGAAGGAAAGCGUGCACAAUGCUUGUCCUGCGAGUCCAUUUAUCUUCAUUCUUGACUCUUCACCAAAAGCUCAUCUGAAAUCCUGUUGUUUCCCCCGUAAAAGGCAAUUUCCUUAUAGAAAUCUUCUAACUGAGCAAAGUUUAGAGCAGUUUUGGGAUUGUUUCCCAUCUCUGUAAAUAUGACCAUAGGGGUCUCUUGAAAGAGAAUUGCUAAGAAUUUCCAACUGGACUAUGUAAUCACAGCUCCUGGUAUCAAGAGGAGGGGGAGUGACAUGAAAUCACUGACUUGUGACAUACAUUCCUCAGCAACAGCAGCUGCUGCCUAAUGACAGCUAAUAAAGGGAAUCUUCCCUUGACAGAGCUGCAUGCCUACAGUGGGACUGGAAUGUGCCCAAGAUAAACCCACUGAUAACCUAGGGAGCAGGGAUCACCCAAAGAGUAUAAAAGACAAGCUUCAGAAGAGAGACAACAGGACAAAGAAGAGAGAGACUUGAAGGGACAUCUCAGAAGAAACAGCUUGAACUUCCCUACUCCCAGCCAAGUCAGCGCCAUGGACACUAAAGGCUCAUUUCUCUAUGGCUUCCUCUUGCUGCUGCUCAUCCAGCUCCAGGCCAGCAGAGCCAACCCAAUCUACAGCCUCAGCCCUGCCAAAGAACUGGCCAGCAUGGAGGCUCUGCUGGAGAGACUGGAGGAUAAGUUUGCAAUGAUGGAAGCCCUGGAGUCCAAUCCUGACCUGCAACAACCCAAAAUCCAGGAGGAGAUCCCGUCGGAACUCGUUGAUGACAAUGACAACCAGAACGCUGAAGCCAGGCUUGCACCCAACACCCCUCUGUCCUACAGGGACCCCUUCCUCAAGAGACUGAGGGGGCUGCAAAUGCCCAGGAUGAUGAGAGAUUCUGGCUGUUUUGGGAGGAGGAUCGAUCGGAUCGGCUCCCUCAGUGGGAUGGGAUGCAAUGGUGAGUCCUGUUAAACCAUUUCACUGAACAGCACAGACCCUGCCCCUGCCACGGGACAGGGAAGGAGCAGCUUCUCAUUUAAGUCUUUUAAAAGAUACAGUUUGAGAAUGGAAUUAAUUUGAGCCUAGUAUUUAAGCUAGUAUUGGUUUUUCAAAAGCACUGCUGACAAUGGUGACAUGUACCAAGACAAAACCAGAUUCUAGUGACAUUUAUUUCAUGUUUGGUUUGCAGGUUCCCGGAGAAAUUAGGAUGAACCUCCCUAUCCCCUGCUCUGAAGAAUGCUUUACAGAACCCCUUCCUCCCAAGAUGAA